AGUGCCGUGCACUCUCCGACUUUCGUUUCCUCGCGUCUUCAUUGACAGAUGAUGUUCACGAGCACGAUCAGUCCGUCGCUGAAAAGCGGACUUCGGUUCCUCAAGGUCUGGCCGGACGUUCCGUAUGCCGCUGUUUUCCGACUAAUUUACAUGUUGUUCAUUCUGAUCGUUCAAUACUUUCAAUAUUUGUAUGUGUUCGCGCACUUCAAGCUAAGCGAACUGCAGAAUCUCGUGGACAGCUUGGCACCGACUUUAGACACCAGUUUGACGAUUAUGAAGCUGGUGAUGUUUUGGAAGAAUCAUCGCGUGGUUUCCGAUAUACUGACCUCAAUGGACACCGAUUGGCGCGAGUGUGUGAAGGUUGAUCAGCAUUUAGACACGAUGACGGAGAAAGCUAGCGUCUCGCAUUUUUGCUCGAACGCUUUGUUGAGUUUCAAUACGUUCGUCGCGGUGUUCUACUACGUGAGCGAUUAUACGUUCGCUGUCAUGCAUUUCGCAAAGGACGACAAUGACACAUCACGUCCGUUUCCCAUGAAGAUACUGUUUCCUUUUGAGGCUCAGCAAUCGCCCAUCUACGAGUUCCUAGUCGUCGUCUUGUUUCUGCACGCGAUGUUAAACGUGUACACGCUUACCAUUUUAAACGCGUUGAUCAUUACUCUGGUACUUCACGCAAGCGGACAAAUUGAUAUUAUAUGCCAAGAGUUCCAAACUACCUCUGAAAAAGUGUCCUAUCAUGAGAAGAUAGGAAUGCUUAUCGAGAAGCAUAAUCAAAUCAUCACAUUUUCCGAGAAUCUUGAUGAACUCUUUUCUUUUAUGGCUUUGAUGCAGAUUUUUUGGGAUACCUUAGUUAUCUGCUCUCUAGGACUCCUCCUUAUAAUGUCUGUUCAUAACGAAGUUAAUUUUGCCCUGGUGAGGACGAUAUUUGCUUAUGGCGCAAUAAUGAUGGAAAUUUUUAUCUUUUGUUUCGCCGGAGAAUAUCUUAGUCUUAAGAGUAGAUCACUCGUCGAUGCAGCGUACGACUCUUUAUGGUACAACAUGUCGUCUAGUCAGGGUAAAAAUAUAUUAUUCGUAAUUAUGAGAUCUCAGAAACAACUGACUAUCACGGCAGGAGGGAUCACAAAUUUAUCGUUAGAAACUUUCGCGAAUAUCAUGAAAGCUUCAGCGUCAUAUGUGUCUGUCUUGAAUGCGAUGUAUUGAUACCACUUAAAAACUACUGUAGUACAAUGACGUUAACACUAAAUGGCGUAAUUAGUGUGACAUGGAAGUUUAAAAACUGCUAUCAAUGAAAUUAACUGCAGAUUAAACCUUAAUAUCGAUUCAAUGUGCAGUCAGGGAUUUGUACAAGUUACAGAAUCUAUUCUUAUAUUUAAUACGAUACGUACCAUAAAUAUUAUUUUGAUGCUUUGUUAUUAUAUGUUGUUAUAUCGUAUAUUAAAAUAAUUUUACCUAUAGAAGAUAUUACGCAAUCCUGCAUCAUAUAUAUUUCCCGUUGAAUUGUCGCUGAAAAAUUUUAGUGGCUCCGCAAAGUCCACGUAACAUCUUUUCACAACCUGUGAUUGCAACUAAACUUCUACUUAUACAAGGUAUUUAAUAAGACACGCAAGACUACGUGUAUAGAUAGAUUAGGUCAAGUUGAACAAAAUAUCACAACCACGUAAAAUUUUGAGUUAUUAAUUAAAGAAGAUUGACAAAUGAUCACGGGCAAUACGACAAAUAAACUAUAAUAACGAUACCUGCAUUUGUAUGCUAGUAUUAAGUCAACCUGAACAAAAAGUCCUUUACCAUUUUGCAAAUGAUUGCGUAGAUGUUCAGUUAUUAAUUAAAGAAGAUUGAUGUACUAUUACACACAACUAUACUUCUUUAAUUUUCUUUAAUUUAAUUUAUAAUUAAACAUCUAUAUGAUUAUUUGCAAAACGUCAUCUACCGUAUGACGCGUGAUGAUUCACGAAUCUUCAAUCAAUAACUCAAAUUUAAGUUAAAAAUUUUUGUGGUUCUUUGAAAAAUAAUAAAGGAAUUUAUUUUUUUAUUGGAACUAAUCUUUCUACACAUAUGGUCUUGCGUGUUUUGCAUCAGAUACCUUGUAUAUACUUGGCUUAGAUUGUUUUUGCUUCUGAUAA